AUUUUUAUGUCUCACUCGAGUUGCACACCAAUUUCCUUCCUGUUGUAACUGCUGUGUAAAAUUUCUACAUACCCUGCGCUGCUCACACUCUUCUUUCCUCAUCAUGGCUAAUAUUCUUUAUGUCUCCCUCCAGCUUGCCCUCCUUCUGUCCUCAUUCCCUCUCUCAAUGAUGGAAAAUCCACUUCCUGAUAUCACAGACCAGCAGUUUAUAGAGAGCUGUGUGAAUGAACACAACAACGCACGCACCAACGCCAACCCUUCUGCUAGCAACAUGCGCUACAUGACAUGGGAUGAUGGCCUGGCAGUCCUGGCAAGAGCGUGGGCAAGAAAUUGCCUCUUUGAACACAAUCCACGAAGAAAUCAUCCUGUCUUCCCCUCGGUGGGGGAAAACAUCUGGGCAGGAACUCCAGGAACCAGGGUUCAGGUCAAAUCGAUGAUUAAGAGCUGGGUUAAUGAAGUUCAGCACUAUAAUUACUACACCUUGGCCUGCACCAACGUCUGUGGCCAUUACACACAAGUGGUUUGGGCAACAACCUAUAAAGUGGGCUGUGCUGUGAUCUUCUGCCCUGACGGGGUCCGACAGACAUCUUUCUCACACAGACCAGGAGCCUUGUUUGUGUGUAACUACGCAACAGCAGGAAAUUAUCCUCGAACUCCUCCGUAUAAAGAUGGACCAGCAUGCAGUGGGUGUGGAGGAGAGAAGUGUUACAACAAGCUCUGUCAAAACUCGACCCGAGACGCUGCAAUAUAUAAUAACUGGCAGCCGGACUGGGAUCCUGCUCUGCAUGAGUGUGGUGUGUUCUGUAAAGCCGUGUUGAUCAUCAGGCCUAUGGCGUUGUUGUCAAUUUUUGUAAGUGUGUAUGUAAUUCAACGCCAUUGUACAAAUAUGUUUGCUUACAUAAACUAACACACACAAUAUUUAACCGUGUCCACGAUAGCUUUAAAUCUGUUCAUGUUUAUUUCCUCUGAAUGCUCUGAAUUCAUAGUUCACCAAAGCUUUGUUGUGUAGUUAUUGUUAAUUCAUAGCUUUGUUGUGUAGUAUGUGAAAUAAACACCAUUCUCAUCCA